AUGAACAUGUUGGAUGAUGAAGAUGACCAAAGCUUUCACGCUACGCGUGACGGCUACUCCCAUUUGAGCGAUGUCGAAUGGGAUGCGGUUGAACGAAUGGGUUCAACCAUGGGCAUCCAUGCUGUUAGCGUCAUGCUAGAGGCUCUCAAUAGAGAUGCCCAACAUGCUACUAUCGCCAAGUUCAUUCAAAACGAACUUGACGCUGAACGCGAGAAAGUAGCCUUGCUUCACCAACAAGGUUCUCAACAAGCAGAGUUGUUGAGAGAACAAGGUGCUCAACAGUUUGAACUGUUGAGACAGCAGCAGGCUGCUGCUGGUGGGUCGAUGCACUCGCGUCGACCCGAGACCUUGACGAUUGACAUCUCCAAGUAUAGGGGAGUCGAAGAGGACUCCCUCUUGAGAUGGUUCGUCGAAUUAAAUGACGCCAUAAGGGCGCGUCGCAUCGACGACGAGGAAAUGCAAGUAGCAUUUGCCCAAUCAAAUCUGGCAGGACGUGCCAAGACUUGGGCUUUGGGGACUCAAGUUGCACGACCCAUAUGCGUUUGGGUCGUUGGAAGUCUUCAAGUCGCGGCUCAGACAAACAUUUGA